UUUAUACUGAAAGAUAGUCAGAGACAAGAGGGAAAAAGCACAAACAGCUUUACCAAAAACAUUUCUUCUACUUGCCAGCACAUUGAGGAGAGGACUUUUUACAGAUGGGGACCAUCUGGUUGACAGUUUGUGGCAUUUUAAUCAUCAUCUUUCAGGCUUCACAUGUAGCGUGCUACACAUGUGCACCAGGAUUUGAUUCAGACAUUAUCACUUUCAAAGUUCCUGGAGAGCAACUGAGGCAGGGCAUGAGAUUGGGGAAAGUGAACUUUACAGACUGCACCGACCGAACAACAUUUCUUUUCAGCACUGAUGACGACCACUUCAUGGUUCAGAUAGAUGGGACAUUAGUGGUGAAGAGACAGGUCCUUCUUCAUGAGGGACAUCGGGACUUCUUCAUCCACUCCUGGGACUCUCAAGGUCACAAACUCACUGUUUCUGUUAUGGUGUUGCACCAAGAUGGGCAUCACCUUGAAAACCAGAUCCCCCAGAACCAUCGUACUGAAGUGGACUCAGAGACUGCAGCUGAUCAACAUGUGUCCGUCUUACACUUCCCCAAGUCUGAUGAAGGUCUGAGGAGGAGGAAGAGGGAGUGGAUUCUUCCUCCCAUCAACAUUAUGGAGAAUACGAGAGGACAAUUCCCCCAGAAAAUCACUCAAGUCCGCUCUGAUGAGGCGAAGAAGAUCCAUUACAGCAUCUCUGGUUCAGGAGCUGAUCAGCCUCCUGUUGGCCUCUUCAUCAUGGACAAGGAUUCUGGUAUUCUGUACAUCACACAAGCCCUGGACAGAGAGAGCCAAGCAACAUACACACUCCUUGCACAUGCUGUAGAGGAAGGUUCAUCGGCUACGCUGGAAAAUGUUUUAGAAGUAAGGAUCAAUGUCGUCGACCAGAAUGACAACAAACCUGUGUUCACCAAUGACACGUUUGCUGGAGACUUUGCUGAGAACUCACCAAUAGGUUUUGAGGUGAUAAAAGUUGAGGCCACAGAUGCUGACGACCCAGGUACUGACAACGCUGAUAUCCGCUACCGUAUUGUGAGUCAGGAACCUCAGGAGCCCAGUGCCUCCAUGUUUGUCAUUGAUCCAGUGACUGGAGGAAUCAGAGUUGAUGCUGAUGGACUGGACAGAGAGAAAUACCCUCAGUACACCCUGGUGGUUGAAGCAGCUGACAUGGGUGGUGUUGGUUUGACUGGAAACACAAAAGUGAUUCUCAGUGUGACACAGAGCAAGGACAAUGCUCCAGACUUUAUUCGGCCUGCAACUGCAGAUGAUCAACAUGUGCCCGUCAUCAACUUCCCCAAGUCUGAUGAAGGUCUGAGGAGGAGGAAGAGAGGCUGGGUUAUUCCUGAAAUUUCCGUUCUAGAGAAUGCCAGAGGCAAAUUCCCUCAAAAAAUUACUCAAAUCCGCUCUGAUGGGGACAAAGAAAAGAAGAUCUAUUACAGCAUCACUGGUCCAGGAGCUGAUCUGCCUCCUGUAAAACUUUUCACCAUCGACAGAGACACUGGUGUUCUGUAUGUCACACAGCCUCUGGACAGAGAGAAGCAAGCAGUUUAUGUGUUUAAAGCACAUGCUGUUGCAGAAGGUUCAGGACAGGCUGAGCAGCCGAUGGAUAUCAUAGUGAAAGUAAGCGAUCAGAACGACAACCAUCCUGUUUUCAGUCAAUCCACCUACCUGGGAGAAGUUGCUGAGGCCUCACCUUUAGGUCACGAGGUGAUUCAGGUUAAUGCUACAGAUCUAGACGAGCCAGAUAAUCUCAACUCUAUAAUCCGCUACAGCAUUGUGAGCCAGGACCCGAAGGAGCCCAGUGAUAAAAUGUUCGUUAUUAACGAAGUGACUGGAAUGAUCCGAGUCAAUUCUGGUGGGCUGGACAGAGAGAUACUACCUCAGUACACACUGGUGGUACGAGCUGCAGACGGGGAGGGAAAAUGGUUGAGUACAGAAGCAAAAGUGAUUCUCAAGGUGACGGACAGCAAUGACAACGCUCCAGUCUUUACUCAGUCCUCUUACGAAGCAUCAGUUCCAGAAAAUAAAGUGGAUGCUGUGGUCAUUAAAAUGGAGGUAACAGAUGGAGAUGAGCCUAAUUCCCCUGCCUGGAAUUCCAAGUUCAAGAUUAUUCUUGGAGACCCUGGAAAUUUUUUCACCGUGGAAACAGGACCUAACAAACAAGAAGGAAUUCUAAAGACGGUGAAGGGUCUUGACUUUGAGAGGAGCAGCAAACACACUCUGGUGGUUACGGUGGAGAAUGAGGUCCCUUUUGCUGUUCCACUGCCAACCUCCACCGCCACAGUUGUGGUCACAGUGCUGGAUGUCAACGAACCUCCUAUCUUUAAUCCACAAGAGAAGCAGGUCUCCCAACCCGAGGACCUCGCAGUCAAGAGUCACGUGACAGACUACACGGCGUCUGACCCCGACACCGCACGCAAACAGAAAGUCAUGUAUCGGAUGAUAAGCGACCCUGCUGGUUGGCUGAACGUGGACUCAGAGAAUGGCCGGAUUACCGUGAAAAGCAAAAUGGACAGGGAGUCCCCAUUUGUUAAAGACAACAGAUACAUGGCUCUUAUUGGUGCAUAUGAUAAUGAUGAGCUUCCAGCCACAGGAACUGGUACGCUGUUCAUUCAGCUUGAAGAUGUCAACGACCACGCUCCCUCCAUCGUGGAACGGGAUUUCAGGAUCUGCAACAAGAAACCAGCUCCUCAGACCCUGACUGUGGUGGAUAAAGAUGGACCAGGCUUCUCUGCCCCGUACAGGGUUUCUAUACCCAGCAGCGGCAAAUCCAACUGGACCGCUACUAUGGACUCGAACAAAACGUCCAUCAAGCUGGGUUUAGCCUUAGAGCUGGAACCUGGAGUGUACAAAGUGAUGUUGAGGGUUGCAGACGUCGGGGGUUUGGACCAGGACAGUACCGUCCAGGCCACCGUAUGUGACUGCACAGGAGAGGACGUGGAGUGCCAGGACAUGCGGGCUGCCGCCGUCUCUGGCCUGCCCUUCAUCCUGGGAAUACUGGGAGGCAUCCUGCUGCUGCUCAUGCUGGCCCUGCUGCUGAUUCUGUUCGCACGGCGAAGGAGAACAGAGAAGAAGGAGCUGCUGCUGGAAGACGACGACAUCAGAGACGACAUCUAUUACUACGACGAGGAAGGAGGUGGAGAGGACGAUCAGGACUUUGAUCUGAGUGUUCUCCAUCGAGGUCUGGAUAACCGGCCUGAGGUGUUCAGGAAUGAUGUGAUCCCAAAUUUCAUGCCGGCCCCUCAGUACCGCCCCCGGCCCGCCAACCCAGAUGAGAUCGGAAACUUCAUCGAUGACAACCUGAAGGCAGCCGACAACGACCCCACGGCGCCCCCCUACGACUCACUGCUGGUGUUUGACUACGAGGGCGGUGGCUCGGAUGCAGGGAGCCUCUCGUCUCUGAACUCAGCAAGCAGCGGCGACCAGGACUACAACUGCCUGAACGAAUGGGGGCCUCGCUUCAAGAAGCUGGCCGACAUGUAUGGAGGAGGAGAGGACGACAUGCUGUGAGCCGCCGUCAGAGGGAGGGCCCAGCCUUGUCCAGUCAACAGCCACAGAACACGUCUUUCUUUUCUUUUAUCUGAAGUUUUUAGAGGCGGUGAAGCUGUGUGAGCUCAGCUUCCACAUGUCACGCUGGCAACUCGCUCUGGAGUCCGGUUUGUAGCACCAUGUCAACACCGGACUCGGACUCGCUACUGCACUGUUCUGAUUGGUAGAAAAUGAGCUGUACUUCUCCUGGUUUGCUCUUUUUUUGUUUUAUUUUCUGGUGUUUUUACUGUUGUUUUGUCUUUGUUUGAAAAUGAAUUGAUCUGAGUGAAAUCCAGCUACCUGCCAGCGCCCCGCGGAGCUGGGACAGAGCUCAGCAAGCUAAUGAUUUUAAAAUGUUUCUAUAAGCAGAAGUCAUGUUUAGUUUUCUCCACUGGUACUUUCCUGCAAAUACUUUGUUAAAGUUGACUUUUUUUAUUAUAAAGUUCUUAAUACAG